AUGAACGGCAUCACCGAGCCCUUACCCGGCCUCCUUGAUGAUCCUCUAUUUCAACUCCCCGAUUUGCCUGCUCUGACCGAUAUUCAAAUCGCGCCCCUCCGGAAUCCUGCUCCGAGUCGUCACGCAAAUGUCCCUCUACCUCUCGAGCCUGUGGCUGACAAUAGUCUGGGUAACGGACGAACACCCAAAAAGACUACACACCCUGUAGAUAGUCCUGAGAGGAGAAGGGCGCCAAAAAUCACACCCAACGAUGUUCUUCUUGCACGAGAGGCCAAAAGGCCACACUUGGCUAUCAGCGAGCUGCUGGAAGCCGACCAUGUUCCGGAAUCUGCCCCAACGCAUUUACCAUCGUUCAUCAGUUUGUCUGUGGUGGAAAAAUCGCCUAUUCAAGUGCCUUCGUUUCUCGAACAUCCUCACUCUUUUAGGCGCUUGAGAUUGGAUACGGACAACGAACAUGUCGGUCUUGACUGGACCAGGCAUCUUCCUCCCCCAGCUCAGAAAGAAGACCGACCCAACAGACCGGCUCCGCUCCUCCCUGCUAUGGUUACAGGUUUACACGAACCUCCUCCCUCGGCGGCUCUGCUACCAUCAAUUGACCUUGACUCGCUACGUGCCGCGGUCACAGGAUUACAUGAACCUCAUUCUUAUUCAGCCCUGCUACCAUCGAUUGAGCUUGAUCCGACACAUGCCGCGAUUACAGGACUGCAUGACUCUCAACCUACAGCUCUGUUGCCGUCAAUUUACUCAGAGUCGAUACAUACCACAGGCACCGGGCUGCGUGACCCCCCUCCCCCUUUGACGACCCAGCUUCCAUCAAUUGACUUGGAUUCGUUGCAGGCCAUUGCUCGGCCAACAACAACAUCGAGAAUCCAUGUCCGAGACAUGCUCACUGAGUCCGUCCGGCCAGGUCCUGAACCCCAUCUGCCAGCUUCCGAGCGCCAUCAGCCCGAGCCCGGGCCCGCUAGCCUAGACCCUGAACCCUACCACCAAGAAUCAGAGCUCUAUCAUCUAAAUUCUGAGCCUUCUCCCCCUGGUCCUGAGCCCGAUCAGCAAGAGAUAGAGCCCGAGCCCGAGUUCCUCCCUUCUGGCACCCUUGUUGAUAGACCGACUACUCUCACUCGAGCGUACCAAAGGGAAGACGCCAUCGCUCCGGAUGAGAUUCGUCAGCGCAUCCCCAAAGUAAUCCAUCCUGUUUGGAAGGAGACAAAUCAAAAGAUCUUCAAGCGUCGAGUUAGGCGGAGAUGGACUGAUGCCGAAACAGCAGACCUCAUGGCCGGGGUGAACAAGUACGGCAUUGGGCGGUGGAAACAGAUUCUGGAUGAUCCAUCUUUCAACUUUAGGGACAGGAAUUCUGUCGACCUAAAAGAUCGGUAUCGCGUUUGCCUCAACGAAAGGCCCUCGAGAUCAGAGCGGACUGUGAGGGCCGUUAGAGCCGACAGUCCUAUUGACGAGGCAUCUCCUUCAAUUGCAAUAUUGGGAAUAAGGCACUGUCGCGACGUUGCUGCCCAAAUGCAGGGUAAACGUCGCAAACGCCGAGCUUGGACAGAUCGUGAGGAUGAGAAUCUCAUGGAAGGCGUAGCCCGACAUGGAUUUCAGUGGACCGCCAUUCAUGAUGAUCCAGACCUUAAUCUAUCGCACAGACGAGCAACGGACCUGCGAGAUCGCAUCCGAAACAAAUUUCCAGAUGGGUACAAGCACGCCGAGUCCGCGCCGUUGAGGUCCGAGGUCAGGAAGGCAGAAAGAGAAGCCCAAGCUGCUGGAGCAACGCAAUGGGAUGUUGUCGUUCCCGGGAAAGAAUUUAAUGGAGUCACCUCAAGAGCACAGUCGGGGUCCAAUAAAAUGACAGCACGAACUCAAUCCCUCCCGGUUCAGCCAGCCACCACCGCUGCCUCCGCUAUCAGGCUGAUGCAUGAUGACGCCGAAAGAGACCGUGAAAAUAUGCAGGAGGAACACGACCGAGAGAGAGAAAGGGAAGGUGAAAAGGAGCACCAUCAACCCCUUAUCACAUUACCCAGUUUUUCACUUGGCUUCUUUGAUGACAUGGAUUGGGAGGAUAACAGGCUGCCUCCGUUGCACGACGGGGACGAGGACGAUGACAGCGAUUAG